AUGGCUGAGGGAACAGCAUCAACCGCAGCAGGAGGACGAAAUUGUAUUAACUGUGACGACAUUGAUUCUAUAGACGAUAUGGUCCAAUGUGACUGCUGCGAUUUAUGGGUCCAUUUCCAUUGUGCUGGAGUAACGGAAGCUGUUAAAAAUGUUCCCUGGAAUUGCUCGAAGUGCAGCAAUCAGUUGCAAGUGCCACCUCGAUCUGACAAGAAGGCGCCCAGCAAGAAGGGGUCUUCGAAGAAGACGGGCUCAAAGAGCGAUGCAGGAUCGGAAACUAGCAGAGCUGCUAGUCUGGACCUAUCUAUCCAACAAUUGGAAUUGGAUCAGGAAAAUUUAGAGAAGGAGCUAGAGGAGCAAAAGCUCGUCCAUCAGAAGCGACUCGAUAUGGAGCGUAAAAUUUCGGAAAAACGAAGGGCUCAGCAAAAAGAAAUGUUGGCCAAGGAAAAGGAACUAAUGCAACAACGAUUAAACGACGAGCUCGAAUUUUUGGAACAACAAAAGGUGUUACGUGUAAAUUUCCAACGAUACCAUGACAAGCUUUAUCGUCAAUUCGAAGGCAGUCACGUAAACGACGCCAGCAAACGUGAAAACACCUUUGACAAAGUGAAUACGUGGAUGAAUUCUGUGCAGCAGGAUCCUCGAGGGGCCUACCCGAAAGGUUGUGUCUGGUCCAAAGGCAUAUCGGAUACACCUGUGCCCAAUCUAUUCCAUCAGAAUUUGUUAAAUUCUAAAGCAGGUAAUCCUGGAACAGAUGCGGUUGCAAGCAAGCAACAGAUGCGGUUGCAAGACGAAUCGGGGGGGAACCCGGUUGUCCCACCAAGUAAAUUCAUCCGUGAUACGAUAAGACCUGCAUGGCAGCAGUCGUUGCAUGAGAACGACGACGAAAUUGAGAAAGAACGGGAGGAAGUUGAAGAAGAUUCAGAUCAGCUGCCGGAUCUGACCGAACAAGAAAAGGAAAUUAUUCGAAACAUUGUAAACCGUCGAAGGUCGCAGAGAACUGAGUUUCAACAACCAUUCUCGACCAGAGGACCUACCUCCGAACAGCUUGCCGCACGACAUGCGGUAUCGAAACAUUUGCCUAUUUUUAAGGGAGAGCCAGAAGUGUGGCCACUUUUUAUAAGCAGUUAUGAAUACACUACAGAUGCAUGUGGGUUCACCAACACAGAUAAUUUAAAGCGACUGCAAGAUAGUCUUCAAGGAUUGGCAAAGGAAGCCGUUCAAAGUCGAUUAUUGUUACCGGAAUCGGUUCCCGAAGUUAUAGAAGACCUUCGCCAACUGUUUGGCAGUCCGGAGAAAUUAUUGAAAUCACUUGUAGCUAAAGUUCGAAAAGCGCCGGGGCCGCGCAUUGAUAAACUCGAAAGUUUUCUUUAUUUCGGAAUAACCGUUAAACAACUUUGCGAUCAUCUCGAAGCUGCUAAGCUACACGACCACUUGAACAAUCCGAUGCUCGUCCAGGAGCUAGUCAGUAAGCUGCCACCUGAGUAUAAGCUGGAUUGGGUGCGCUUCAAGCGCGGUAAAGCUGGAACUCCGCUCAGGGUGUUCACCGAUUUCACUAACGGGAUCGUCUCGGAAGUUUCCGAGGUGGCCGAAUUCAGCGGUCUUGAAGUCACUCGCCAGUGGGAUGUAAAAGGAGCUAAAAGUAAAAAGAAGGAGUUUGUAUACGCUCAUGCCGCACAUAAUAGUCCGUCGAACACGACCAAUUUGGCUGGUACCAAGGAAAAAAAGGUUUGCCCGGCGUGUAAGAGAAAGGAUCACAAGUUGCGAUUCUGCGAUGAUUUCGAAAAAAUGGGACUACGAGAUCGUCUAAGGUUGGUAGAGAAGUUCAAGCUUUGCGUACUAUGUUUAAGCGAACACGGUCAUUCGCGCUGCACGUUCAAUGUUCAAUGCAAGAUAGAUCACUGUAAGGGCAAGCAUCAUCCCUUGCUUCAUCGUACUGAAGAACUCGUCCAGGUAACAUUGCAUUAUGGUGAGUCGUCUGUAAAUUUGAAUGCCUUCAUAGAUGAAGGCGCAUCCGCCACGUUGCUGAAUAACACAAUUGCGGUUAAAUUAUCAGCUGAUGGGGUAUCCGAGCCAUUGGUAGUUCAUUGGACUUCUAACGUAAAGCGCCAUGAGGAUCAAUCUAAAAGGUUGGACCUUUUUGUAUCUGCGAGAGGGUCCGAUACCAUGCACAAAUUAAAGGGUGUUCGUACCGUGAAAGAAUUGAUGCUGCCUAAACAGGGUAUCAAUCUUCAGGAUCUUACAGAUCGUUUUGAGCACCUGCGGGGGUUCCCGGUAAAUGAAUACGAUACAGUGGCACCGCAAUUACUAAUUGGACUGGACAACCUGCAUUUAUUCGCGCCAUUGGAAUCUCGAGUAGGUGGAUCUGGAGAGCCAAUAGCAGUACGUUCAUUGUUAGGUUGGACCAUAUAUGGUCCCGAUAAGUCGGCGUCUUCAACGAAAACAGUUAUUAAUCAUCACUCCAUUCUGACUGUAACCAAUCAACAAUUACACGAGAUGCUCGGAAAACAAUACGCCAUCGAAGAUUUGUCUACGUCGUCAAUCGAUUUUCCUGAGUCCGAAGAAGAUAAACUGGCUCGCGACAUUUUGGAGAAAACGACUAUUCGAGUGGGAGGUCGUUUUGAGACGGGACUACUUUGGAAAAAUGGUGUUCCCGACUUCCCAGACAGCUACCCAAUGGCGGAACGUCGGUUAAAAGCUUUGGAAAAGCGGCUCUCCAAGAAUCCGGAGCUUCAGCAAAAUGUAUUUCAACAAAUCGUGGAGUACCAAAGGAAAGGGUAUUGUCACAAAGCAACGCAAGCAGAGUUAGACGACACUGAGAAUUUCAAAAAAUGGUAUUUACCACUGAACGUCGUCCAACAUCCUAAGAAGCCGGGUAAAGUCCGUUUAGUGUGGGACGCAGCCGCAACCGUAAAUGGAGUAUCGCUGAACAGUAACUUGCUGAAAGGUCCUGACUUACUCACCGCCUUACCAUCAGUGAUCUGCAAAUUCAGAGAAAAACCGGUGGCCUUCGGUGGUGAUGUGCGCGAAAUGUAUCACCAAUUGCGCAUCAGAGAAGCAGACAAACAAACUCAACGUUUUUUAUUCCGUUUUGAUCCCAGAAGCCCGCCCGAAAUCUAUGUUAUGGACGUAGCAACAUUUGGAUCUGCAAGUUCACCGUGCUCUGCACAAUUUGUGAAAAAUUUAAAUGCCAAGGAAUAUGCCACCCAGUUUCCCGAAGCAGCGAAAGCGAUCGUCGAACGACAUUACGUCGACGACUACUACGACAGUGUCGACUCGGAGGAAGUUGCAGUACGGCGAGCCAAGGAAGUACGCUUCAUUCACUUGAAGGCCGGAUUUGAAAUUAGAAACUGGGCCUCAAAUUCUGAAAAUGUCUUGCGAGAAUUAGGUGAGUCAAAACAUGAAACAACAAUCCAUUUUCAGCAGGACAAGAUAACUGAAAAGGAACGCGUAUUAGGUCUCAUUUGGGAUACGAAACUCGAUGUGUUUUCUUUCUGUAUUCCGACUAAAGAAGACGUAUUUGCUUUCGAUAAUCGUCCUACAAAACGUCAAGUUCUCAGUACCGUAAUGUCUCUCUUUGACCCGUUGGGUCUGCUGGCUCCACUCACCGUAUUGGGCAAGAUGUUAAUCCAGGAUUUAUGGAGAACCGGAUGUGAUUGGGAUGAACUAAUUUGCGAGGACACAUUCUCUGAAUGGAAGCGUUGGAUUGAAUUACUGCGCGAUGUGGAACUGGUCAAAAUUCCCAGACCGUACUUUGGUAGCACCCUCUCGACUGAGUAUCACGGGGUUCAACUUCACGUCUUCUGCGAUGCUGGUGAAAAGGCAUUCGGUUGUGCAGGCUAUUUUCGAAUUGUCGUUGGCGGGCGAGCUAUAUGUUCUUUAGUUAUGGCUCGUACGAAAGUUUCCCCUUUGAAGCAGCUUACAAUCCCGCGCUUGGAACUGCAAGCAGCGGUACUAGCGGCCAAACUAGCUAAAGCAAUCCGGCGAUAUCACUCUUUGAAAGUAGAAAAGGUUUUCUUUUGGACCGAUUCUCAAACCGUUCUCUCGUGGAUCAGAUCCGACCAAAGAAAAUACAAGCAGUUCGUGGGAUUUCGCAUCGGUUCCAUAUUAAGUUUAACGAAUGUGACGGAUUGGCGUUGGACACCGUCGAAAUUGAACGUUGCCGACCACCUAACGAAGUGGGACAACAUGCCGAGCAUGCUGCCUGAUGGUCAGUGGUUUCGAGGACUAGACUUUUUAUAUGAAGCAGAGCAACAGUGGCCAAAACAGGUACAACCACAACCAAACACGACGACAGAAAUGCGGGCGAUCUUUCUUCUGCACGACAUAGUACUGAUUGAACCCUUCAUAGAUGCCAACCGAAUUUCAAAAUGGAAUGUGCUAGUUCGGACGGUGGCUUGUCUAUACCGUUUCAUCUCGAAUUGCCGACGGAAACAUCGUGGCCAACCUAUCGAGGCCUUUACGUGUACGGAAAAUCAACGGGAACUGAUUUGCUCGUUUAUACCAGCAAUCAAAGUUGGAUUGCGGAAAGAUGAAUACCGGUCUGCCGAAGAAGGGUUGUUUCGAAUGGCACAGUGCGAAGCGUUUGGAGACGAAAUAAAAAUCCUUCGAAGAAAUCGACAAGUUCCGCGAGACAAAUGGAUGUCCUUAGAGAAGUCCAGUCCUCUUUACAAAAUGACUCCUUUAUUGGACUCGUCGGACGUUCUUCGACUCGAAGGCCGCAGCGCUGGAGCAGAGAUGUUACCAUUCGAUUUGCGUUUUCCUAUCGUGUUGCCUAAAGACAAUAUUAUUACCACCAGACUAGUGCAAUAUUAUCACGCUCGGUUCGGCCACGCUUUCAGGGAGACCGUCAAAUGCGAAAUCAAACAGCGUUUCGUUAUACUUAACUUAAGUUCCGUAAUUGCAAAUAUAGAAAGACAGUGCGCCUGGUGUAAAGUUAACAAAAACCGUCCGAGCAUUCCCCGAAUGGCUGCACUACCUGUUCAAAGGUUAACACCGUAUCGACGACCAUUUACUUUCGUUGGGGUUGACUAUUUAGGACCAGUAAUUGUAACGAUCGGUAGGCGAUCGGAAAAAAGAUGGAUAGUCGUUUUCACCUGUUUGGUAGUCCGUGCCAUUCACCUCGAAGUGGCGAAUAGUCUUAACGCUCAAUCAUGUUUGAUGGCUAUCAGGCGCUUUAUCUGUCGCCGGGGACCGGCUGCUGAAUACUUUUCGGACAACGGGACUAAUUUCCGAGCUGCAAGCAAAGAAAUUACACAGCAAAUACGUGAGGUCCAGAAAGAGUGCGCAGAGGAAAUGACAGAUGCUAGGACACAAUGGCACUUCAACCCACCUGCCGCUCCCCACAUGGGAGGAGUGUGGGAGAGAAUGGUCAGAACCGUUAAAGCGACGAUGGCUUCUCUGGACGACGGGAGGAAACUAACCGACGAAAUUCUUCACACAACGUUAUGUGAAGCCGAAGAUAUGAUCAACAGUAGACCGUUACUUUUUGCUUCAUUGGAGUCUCCCCUGCCUGUACUUACGCCAAAUGAUUUUCUGCGUGGAUCGUGCCCUAAUGAGCCUCAGGAGGUCGUACCACCUACAAAUGUAGCGCUAGCGUUGCGUGACUCGUAUAAGCGAUCUCAGCAGCUAUCAGAUGAGCUUUGGAAACGGUGGAUUAGAGAAUAUGUUCCCAGCAUAAACCUCCGAACGAAAUGGUUUUCCGAGACACGAUCAUUAAGCAAAGGUGAUCUGGUCUAUGUGGUAGACGGUGAUCGACGUAAGGCGUGGAUUCGAGGAGUGAUUGAAGAACCAAUCGUUUCCAGUGACGGAAGGGUCAGACAGGCUGUUGUUCGAACGAACAGUGGUACCUACAAACGCGCGGUUGCAAAACUAGCCGUCUUAGAUAUUGAAGGUGGUAACGCUGCUCCGAUACAAGGAAGCGGAUCAGGAUUACGGGUCGGGGAUUGUUGCGAAAACGACGCCCGCGACAAAUAA